AGUAUCAAGAACGAGAACUUCAUCAAAUUUUGAGUAUAAAAUUGUUACAGAAAGUCAGCAAUUUUCAAACUAUAUAUUUCCGCGCAAGAGAUUUGACUAAUGGUAUAUAUGGACUGGAGAAACCGGAAGUGAUAUUCUUCUCACUGUCAAGGUAAAAAGGCUAGGAAUUGACAGAACUGACUUUUGAACCACUGACAGGUAUAGCUUGACAACCGCCUCUACUAUUGGGUGGAUGGUGACUGGAAGUCCUUUGAAAAUGUCAAGCAAUGUUACAACAAAGAAUACAUCAUGGAAUUCGACUAUAUUGGACAACACCGAACAAUUCGAGUUCACCUUUCAGAACUGUGUAUUCAUUUUCCUUGCAUCGACGAUGUCAUUGACCACGGUUCUUGCAAAUGUGAUUUUAAUCAUCCUCGUUUGCGUAGAUGCAAAGUUACGUAGGUACAGCAACUAUUACAUAAUCAACCUUGCAUGCGCCGACCUAGUGGUCGGGAUAUUCGUCAUCCCACUGUUUAGUCUUUACACCAUCUUAGGAAGAUGGCCUCUUGGACCGGUGGUUUGUGAAAUAUGGAUCAUAUUUGAUUUCUCUUGCGUAUCAGCCUCCAUCUUUAGCAUCAGCAUUAUAUCCCUGGACCGUUACUGGGCGAUCUCCCAGCCUCUGAAGCAUCUUAAGAGACAACGCAGAAAGAGGGCACUUCUGAUCGUUUGUGCCAUCUGGGUCGUAGCGAUGUUAUGCUGGACACCUGCUGUCAUUGUGAUUGGAGUAAUAUCUGGCAGCUACGCGAUAGAAUCAGCUUGCCUGUACCUACCGGGUUUUAUCUAUGUCCUCCUAUCAAAUACUGUAGUAUUCUUGUGCCCGAUGUUAUUGAUGGUAUGCCUUUACGCAAAGAUGCUGAACGCCCUCAAGAAACAUCUGCGCAACCUGACUGAAGUCACGAAGAUGGAAACACCAGAUACUUCCUACGCAAGAAUAUUUUGUUGUUGUAGCGAAACCUUGAAACCCGACUCCACUUUGGCGGACAACAAGCAAUUGUCGAUAUCGACCGUAUCUAUAUUGGUUGAUUCAACAUCUUCAUUUACUCUCAAAAACGUCAUAGAUACAGAUUUGAAGACAACUUAUUCUAGUAAAACAAGCACCGAUACUCUCGGAAUAGAUGAACUUCAUUCAGUAAGUCGCUUAUCAAGCGAUAGUACACCAACGCAGUCAUUGCCCUCUCCUUUACAACAGGAGACACGCGUGACAGGAAAAUCACGCAACAGCGACAAUGAAAGUUACAGUAAACGCCUUACAGCGAAGAGGGCCCAUCACCAUAAUCUUGUGAACCAUCGUCUCCAUCAGAGGACAGCGCGAACUCUUGGCGUCAUCGUCGUGUCGUUCAUCCUGUGCUGGAUUUUCUUCGUGAUUCUCUUUCCUGUCAACUCCUACUGCAAUUGCGUCCCAUUAUGGCUCUACGACAUGUCAUACUGGCUGGCCUACAUGAACUCUACACUUAACCCUUUCUUGUACGGAUUCAACAAAGACUUCAGAAAAGCUUUACGGAGGCUCAUUUGCCCGUCGAAAAAACAUGAGAACAAUUCAGUGUCAAAUUUCUAGUAAGCCUAGCUAAAGACCGUCCCAGGAGGUUUGCAGUUUUUUCUGAUUCUCAGAGACUUUUAAUACGAAUAACAUUUUAUUCUAACUCAGAAAUAGUGUAUUUCUGGAAAUCUACCUGAAUCGUUUUCAGUUGGUAGGAAGGACCACAUUUGAUUUAAAGAGGUAGACGAAAGGGACACUAGCUAUCGUUUUGCACAGUAAAAAAGUUAAUCAAAUGAAUCAUGUCCCUAAUGAGAACAUUUUUAUCGCAUGGAAAAUUGAAUUUUACCUUCGUUUUGCUUCUUUUGGGGACAAAUUAGCCUCAUACGAGUUCUCUUUUUUAUGUUUUCACACUCUUUGCGCAUCAGGCAAUACUUAGCCGGAAAACGGCAAUAUCUCAUUUUGUUCUAUCGUUUGUAUUGAAAUUAAAAAAGAAGAAAUGGGUGUGUCGGUUGAAUUUUCUCAAUACAAAAAAUGCUUUUGAAAUUUUCUAUUGAUGAUGCAGAUGCUAAUCGAACUCUCUAAAUACAUUAAACAUCAUGUAAGUAAAUUGGUGUUAAAAUCAGACAUGUUGACUUGGAUAUUAAUCAGUAACAACUUGAAGAGCUUUUGCAUUCUCCCCUUUUCACGAAGGUUGUCACUUGUUAGACAUUGGAGGUGUCUCAUUGAAUUUUUGACCAUUAUAUACCCUUUAUGAAGUGGAAAGAAAAGUAAUUAAUAUUUAGUCAUUUGAAUUUAUUUAAAUUAAAUCUUAAUUCAUUAUAGUAAGAUUCAAGAGAACCUAUUCACGGUAACGCCCUUAAAUGUAAAUAAAAAAAGAAAAAUAAGGAUUUCAUAUUUUUUUAAUAUUCAUUUUAAUACACUUUAAUAAACCAAAAUGGAGAAAGAUGUUUGUCACUGUACCAACACGAUCACGUUUAUUUACUGAAUAGUAUUAUCACUUAAACGGUGUUGGUUUGGACAUAAUGAAAGCAAAGUCCACUUUUCCAAUAUCGGGUCAGGAUAAGAACAAUCGGGCGCAGAUCCAGGAGGGAGGGGAUGUACAUAAAACAGGGAGCAAUUAGCGCUGCCUCUUGCGCAUCUUUUCCAAAUUUAGGGUGGAAAUAUUUUUCUUCUGGAAUUGAGACUUUGUUUUUAUUCCCUUGUUAAUUAUUUAGAAAGAAACUGUAACCAAGUUUGGAGUGAUAACCCCCUUUCUCCUGGCUUUUUCAAGUAUAAGAACAUUCUUAACUAUAAAAGGGAUCAUUGCGAAACAUUGGAUACGCUCCUGACUAAAUAAUUAAUGUCGCCUUCAGUUAACUUGUCACAGCCAAUAUUUUAGGCGUAUCAAUCAAUCAAGAUAUAAGUCUUAACGAAUAAUGAUAAACAUGCACUGUAUAAUUAAUGUGAAUGAUAUAUAUUUUAUUCUGUAUCAUGGAAAUAAUACAUCAAUGGGAAUGACAGUAGAGAAUUCCGUGCAUGAGGUACAACUGUUACAGUUCUAACAGCAUUUGUAAUUUAAAGAUUAAACAUUAAAUGGCAAUUGGAUGUACUGACAUGCACAUCCAUUCACUGCCACAAUGGUUCUUUCACAUAGAGAUACUUUUUUAAAAAUAAAAGUAACCACCCAGUCAUGCGAAAUUGAUGAACAACUAAUCAAACAAAUUUGUGAAUGAGCUAGUGGAAAAAGAUUUGUAGAAAGAUUUGAUAAUUCUAAACACGAUCGUCACUGCCGUACAGAUGUGGAGAGGCCAUAGGGGCCAUGCCCGAACAACAAAAAAUAAGAUUGAUACAUGGGUCAUUGACCAAAAGAGAAUUAGACCAAGUAUGUAUUAGACCAAUUGAAAAAUCAGACCAAAUUAUUAGUAGACCAGAUGGGUUAAGCAAAUGUGUUGAUAGACAAACGGAGGAUUAGUCUGUUGUUAGACCAUGUGGAUAAAACCGAAAUGUCCACGAGUUCUGCUGCUGUUCUCUGUAUUAGCCUUCCCAAAGCUAAAUUGGAUUUUUGGUCUAAAUCCGAUUUGGCUAAUGGCCGUUUAGCUCAUCCUAUACAUGGUCUUAUUCAAUUUCAUCCACAACCAGUUCACCUUUUGGUCUAAUUGUAAUUUUUCCUAUUUACCAUUCCGUCUAAUUUCUCUUUGAUCUAAUAUCUAUUUGGUCUAAAUGGUAUAUCACUACUUGGUCAAUUCCUGUGACAGUCUGGAAAUAUCUAUUUGGGAUUUAGACGAAAACACGAUUAGACCAUUCGGUUAUUUGACGAUUCAGCAAUAAUACCGACCAAUAUUCGACCAAGUCCUAUACAUUAGACCAGUUGGAAGUUAGACCAAAUACUGUUACUAGAGCAAAUCGAUUUAGAUUUCAGAGAGUUUGACCAACUGCUAAUGCUAGACCAUGUGGAUAUAACCCCCAAACUGAUAUUAGAAAAAAAAUGAUAGUAAUUAUUCUCACAUAAACACACACGCACACACCCUCACAACCUUACUAACACAACACUUACCUCUAAC